AUGGCUGUAGAGUAUGCUCCCUACACAACUUCCACGGUGCAUAGCGUUAUCGAUCAGCAACUGUCACCGACGGAUGCAAAGCAGCAAUACGAGAACGAGAUUAUCCUCAGCAAUUCAACCCACGGCGCCCCUAGCAGACUAUUUCAGACUAAGACACGGAUACUCAGAGCGUCUGAUGUCUUGUUAUCGUUAGCUGGCAGAUCCACAAGCGUAACUAACCUAACCAUGAACCCAGCAGGAGCGACGGAGGACGUGCCAAGCGGGGUGGAGAACUUUCAAGAAGUCCUGCGUCUGUUCCCACCCUUUCGAGACGAUGAUGGCCCCACGUUCGGUGCUGUGGACAUCAAAUGUCCUGAUUGUGAUGCGACGUUUUCCUCGCCUGACGAACUCCAACAGCACUAUUUGACGAAAUACUGUCCCGGGACAACAGUCGCAGUAUACGUGAUGACACGAGAUCGAUUGAUCACCAAAGGCUAUCGCAUGGAGAAACGCUUGAUUCCAGUUAACUGCCGGCCCAUUCGCUUUUUCUGUGAUAACUGUGACAAGGUAUUCACAUUUGGAGAGGAGGACGAGAAGCCGGAUCGCCAACCCAAUGCGCCUGUGUACGUCAACUGCAAACAUUGCGGGGAGAAGUGCAAUGUUUCAUAUCAACCUAUCUUGAACGAUCCUCGCGAUGACAUCAGCCCACGCGACAUCCAGAGAGAGCUGGGGAAUGUCUGCCACAGCAGAAGUCCGAGUAUUGCUCAAAGGCCAUCGAUGGGCGCCAAGUUUCCGAAUCCGCCCGCGACGAACAUGGACCAGCAGUCUUUUACCAGAAAAGCGAGGAAGUUACGAGACUCAUGGUCGUUUCGAAAAAUGUCACAGAGUGAUGAGGAUGAAUUGAUUGCCAUCAGUUUUGCUGGUCUAUAUGACUUAGAACGAGUCCACGCGCCGAACGGUAUAUACCAUCAUAUAGAAAACGAUAAUGAACCUCAACUAAACCAAUCAACGAUAAGUUUUGAUGCCAAUGGUACACUCACAUGGCUGAAUGACGCUUCGUUGAACGAAGCCCAGAAGAUAAUGUGUGAAGAUGAAGACCGGCAUCCCGCCAAUGAAGAUGAAGCGAUGGAUGACGAGGAUGAUCAAAAGGAGCAGCCUGCAUCAUCACGAAGACAAUCCUUCCUGCAAAAGUUAUUUGGUCGGAAAGUACCAAAAGGGAUAUCGAGGGCGCGCUCCGCAAGCAACCGAGGCAAGAAGCUUAUCAGGAGAGCAAAUACAAUUCGAUUUUCCUUUGUUACUAAAUAUACCCGGAGUGAAAGUCGAGCAACGGGACGCACAAGUGACCGAGACUCAAUAGAUGCACGAACCCAGGAUACUUCAGAGCAGAAACACGAGUCAGCUGCUGACACAGAGUAUAUUGCUUUGCUGCGCAACUGUCAAAAUGUCUUCGUCCAUACUCAGUAUAUCAAUGGUGGAGCUGUUGUGCAUGACGCUUCUGGGCGCCAACGGAUCAUCAAAAUAGACGAGGUUGCCCAGGUCUUCUUGCAUAUCAAGGAGGAACUAUCUUCCGCGAACUCUUGGUCUCGUAUGCUAAACACAAGGAUGCGAGCCGAGAGCGCCCUAAAGCAAGGCAACGGUCGAGCAGCGGUGGUCGAAUAUCACGAUGCUUUGAAGCUUCUCGAGGAUAAUCCAUCGCUGGACACUGAUAAACAAUUGCGAGCAGCCAUGUUGCAUGCCUUAGGACAGGCAUAUCAUGGGCUAGAUAUGACUGGCGAGUCUGAGGCCUGCUAUCUGGAGGCUUUGGGUCUUUACAAGCGCACGUACGGACGUGACCAUCCCAAGAACUUCGCGCUUUUACAUGAUCUGGGAGCUCUGUGCGAGAAAGACGGGUAUGCUACGGAAGCCUCCGCUCUUUACGAGCGGUCAUUCGCAGGUCGGCUGAAGACGCUCGGGCACAACGCCCCGGACACACUGAGCAGCAUGCAGGAUCUUGCCUCGCUGAAAGUUCUGUUGGGUGAUCUCGAGUCGGCUCUACUACUGCUGGAAAAGGCGGUUCCGGCGCUCGAUACUGUUUUCGGCCUUCAGAACGCAACCACUCUCAACGCGAUGAACCAAUUGUCGCACUUGUAUCAGAAGCUUGGCCUGAACAAGGAAUCUCGGACAAUCUGCGGGCGAACCAUCCCUCACUGUAAGUCGUUCUUUGGCAUUGUCAGUCCUAUCACCAGGGAGGCAGUGGUUCGCUAUCUUCAAAGCUCCGACAACUUCGACUUCCCUCCAGAGAUCAGGGAGAUCCUUGAUCACUAUCAACGCUCGCGCGAUCCCGAUGCACUGAGAGUCGUUCACCGUCUGGGGCGGUCAUACAUGGACGCCGGGCUGAACCGGGAUGCCGCAAAUUUAUUCGAGGCUUUGGUCGAAGACUUCCUUGCGGCGAAAGGACCAGAAGCUCCAGAAACGUUUGAUGCUCUCAGCGCGCUGUGUGUUUCCUGGGAACACCUUGACUCCGUUGAUAAAGCCAUUCUGGCAUAUAAGCAGCUCGUGCACAUGGCUAGCAGAACACCCGAAGACCAUCACUCUCGGAAGCGCAUAACAUAUGCCGAGAAGCGGAUUUCGGAGCUCAACCGACGACGCGAGAUUCUUGCGGCGGAACGAAAGGAAUGGUGUCUACAUGAACCAGCAGCGUGCGAAAACUGCGGCGAUUCCACGACUGUACUAUGCAAUACAUGCAAGAUCUUCCGCUUCUGCAGCGACCCGUGCCACAAAGCCGGCGCCGACACCCACCUCCCCUUCUGCAUCCCCUCCGUCUCACUUCGCGAGUCCAAAUCCCUCGCCGUGAAGCCCAAAUGUCCCGUCUCAACACGCGAUCAAGCUCUCGCAAAGAUCCGUAGUCUCGACAGCACAAAGCCCGUCAACAUAACUGCAAGCUACACCUUUUACCUAGACCCGCGCAACUUCACCACCUUUCGCAUGAAACUCAACGCCAAAGCCAACACCAUUAUCCUCUUCUCCUUAGACUCAGAUAUUCGCUACACCAUCAUGGACGCCGUCUCUGCUUCAGCCCACCAGCAUCCCGGCAAUACCGCCCCCUUGACUAGCAAGGCUACCGGAGGCGUCAACUGGAUCUCGCCCGAGCGCCAAGAAUCCAUCAUUUAUAUUCCACCUUCGACAUCUGACGUAGGUCAACCCGAUCUCAGGCAACCGAAAGAAGCGCGCUACGUCCUCAUUACCCCAGGCAAGGAGAUGCUCCGCUCCGUCAUUGACAAGCGCAUCCGAGUGCGCGGCGGUUCUGGCGAGAAGGAGCGGUUCCAAGCGUUGAAUCUACCCAGCCACGAGCUGAUCGAAUAUGCCCAGGGUCUUUUGCUGACGGGAUACUUGGGCGAGGCAUUCAUGUAUGUUCUCGAGUGGGUUUAG